AUGGCAGAUUGCCCAGGAAAUGACAGUGUUGAAGACUUUAAGUAUAAGCUGAUAUCCCACCGUGGCUUUAACCUCAUUACUGGCAUCCAUUCUCCAGAAGAGGUUGACCGCAUCCAAAACUGGGAGGUUCAGGAUUCUGAUGUUUUUGUUGUCACUUACCCCAAAUCAGGAACCAUCUGGCUCCAGCAAAUCCUCAGUCUGAUUGAGGCCAGGGGGGACGUUGAGGCCACUAAAGAUCAGCUAACCUCUGAGCGAAUACCAUGGAUCGAGCAAAUUGGGAAUGAGGAGAAGUUUAUUUCAGGCACUCCACCCAGAAUCCGUGUCACACACCUGCAGCACAGAUUCGUCCCCAUCAGCCUCAGACAGGGGAGGGGUAAGGUCAUCUACGUGGCAAGAAAUCCAAAAGACGUUUUGGUGUCAUACUACCACUUCCACAAAUACACCCAUGUGCUGGAGACUCCGAAAGACUUUAAUGAGUUUUAUGAGAAGUUCAUGGAGGGACGAGUUUUCGGAAAUUGCUGGUUUGAGCACAUUAAAGCCUGGUACUCUCACAGAGAUGAAAUGAACUUCCUGUAUAUCACCUAUGAAGACAUGAUCAAGGAUCUGCGGUCAGAGGUGGAGAGAAUCUGUGUGUUUUUGGGGAAAGACCUAAGUGAAAAUGAAUUGGAGGAUGUGGUGAAACACAGUACAUUUAAAAACAUGCUCAACAACCAGCAGGCUAACUACAGACAAAUCCCUGACUCACUGCUGGACCACCAGAACGGUAGCUUCCUCAGGAAAGGUACAGUGGGUGACUGGAAGAAUCACUUCACUGUGGCUCAGAGUGAGCAGUUUGACCGGGUGUUCCAGGAGAAGAUGAAGGAUGUGCCGCUCUCCUUUGCAUGGGACAUGAGUGACAUCAUCAAACCAUGA